GCCCAUGGCCAACCCUCCACCCAUCUGACAGCGCUAGAUGCAUCAUUAGCCUGUAAAUCCCCUACAGCCCAAAAGAAGACACUGCCUUGUUAUUAUGCAUUUAUGAGUCGUUCCCUGUAACGUACUCUAUACUUUCCUGUCUGGUUUACUUUAGGAUUUCCACCGCCCACAAAACAAUCACACUCGCCGCCACCACAAUAAAAAAUGUCUUCUCCUAGAAACGAGCCAACAAUAACAAGAAAGGACGAGUACUGGGCAAAUAGCACUGUCGUAAAUACCGAAGCUGCAUCGAUAUAGGGCUAUAACGAAAGCCUUGGGGGAGGAGGGAAAUUCGCGACAGCCGUCGUCACUUUCCUUGCGAAUAUGCGCGCGUAAAUAGGACCCCAAAGAACAGGACAACAACACGAGGACUGAUCCGGAAACGCGGGGUAUAUAUACUGCAUCAGCUUGAUAUACUUCUUCAUUUCCCUCCAUCUUUGAACCCAGCGAACGCAGAUAAACACUACGAUCAUCUCCCACCUUCAAGGGGAAGCAAUCCUUAUCAAAAUGCCUUUCGCCGAAAAACAAACUCAAGAGGUCCCCAAAGCACCAAAACUGGGUACUAAGCCUCUCAGCCUUGACGAUGACGAGUUUCUGCCCGACAUCCCUAUCAAGCUCAACAACUUCGAGUUUGAUCCUGAUUACGACGUUGAAAUGUCCUAUACUUCCCAAAGUCCUACCCCAACGCAGAACAAAGAUCCGAGUGCGCUUUUCACUGGUACGGAUGGAUUGAAGUCGGCUUUUAACUCCCCGUCAAAGAGAAGUCACAAUGGUUAUGAAGAUGGGAAUCUGGUACGCAUCAAUUUGAAGUUCUCGCCAUUGCACUUUUUAUUUCUUGAUCACGCAAUUUCACAGUCCCUUCGUUCACCUUCCGAACAGCAUCUCAGACUCCACAAGGGGAAGGGAAACAUGAAAGAAUGCUCUCAAGACGGGAAAGGGAAAGGAAAGGCUGUCGAAACCGCUGAACAGUUCGAUGAUAAUCCUGUGACGGCGGUUUCAGCAACAGCCAUCGUAAACUCAGUCCAAAACGAAUGGGAAGCCUAUGAGCGGUAUUCUCAUUCAGAUCAACAAGAAUACAAUACAAGCUCAACUUCUCAGCACCGUUCAAACUCUACAUACCCGAAUUGA